UAAUGAGACACCUGCACAGAUGGAGGGAUAUAUGGCUGACCUUUUGACCUCACAGAUUAGCGCGUGACGGUCUCUUCCAGUGUGUGUUAUCACUGGUUCAAACACACACUGGAGCAGUGAGUGGUCCUGAUGGUAACACUGGAGCAGUGUGUGUGGCGUGCAGUGAGUGGCCCUGAUGGUAACACUGGAGCAGUGUGUGUAGCGUGCAGUGAGUGGCCCUGAUGGUAACACUGGAGCCGUGUUUGUAGCGUGCACUGAGUGACCCUAAUGGUAACACUGGAGCAGUGUGUGUAGCGUGCAGUGAGUGGCCCUGAUGGUAACACUGGAGCAGUGUCUGUAGCGUGCAGUGAGUGGCCCUGAUGGUAACACUGGAGCAGUGUCUGUAGCGUGCAGUGAGUGGCCCUGAUGGUAACACUGGAGCAGUGUGUGUAGCGUGCAGUGAGUGGCCCUGAUGGUAACACUGGAGCAGUGUGUGUAGCGUGCAGUGAGUGGCCCUGAUGGUAACACUGGAGCAGUGUGUGUAGCGUGCAGUGAGUGGCCCUGAUGGUAACACACUGGUUUAUUCUAUCAGUCAAAGUUGCUUAUGAUUCACCAAUCCUAUAAUAAAUCUAAUCUCAAAUACCCUCCACUGUGUUCCAACAGUACCAUUGACUCUACCCCCUUUAAUAACCCUUUCCUUUCUUGUACCCCACCUUGCAACCCCCUAUCCCUCUCCCUGCUUGUAUCAGCACUUGUAAACCAGUGUCUCAUCGAAACCCAAUUUCUCCUUGCUUCCAUAUGAUUGUGACUAACAGGUCGGUCCUCUCUCACACCAAUAAACUAUUAUGUAAUAUGGGGAUAUGAAUUAAAUGAGAUUUCAAUGUUUGAAAGAGAUGGUUCACAUGGCAGAGUGUUGUCCCCCCACCCCCCGCCACAUGGUUAGAAUAAGGUUGAUUUGGGUAAUGAUUGCCUACAGGACUUCCUCUCUGUAAAUCAGAUUAUAUUCUGAGUGAAACUUCUGUUGUAUCAUGACAUAGUGUACACAAAUAUUUUAGUUUGUUUGUUCAUACCAGACGUUUGGCUUCAUUAAAGAGGGAUAAAACUCACUAAACAAAUCACUGGUUUAUACAUGUAUUUACAUCUCUGAUUAUAAAUCAUUUACACUUGACUUGUAAGAUAAAUAAAAACAUGUUUUUUUUGCUGGAAAAUAAAAAUGCGCACCUCAUUGUCAUCAUUCAGGCACCAAAAGGUGAUCAUGCAGGUUAAAGCACCCCAUUUAGUGAUUAAUUAACUGUCAGCAUCUAUUAAAAAGCCCCCAUUCACCCAUCAAUAAGGACUUACAGUUUCACCCUGUUGAUGGUGUACAUGCACCGCUAAUGAAUAGACCUGUCCAUUUACAACCAAUUUGGAAAUGUGUUUCCUUAUUAAAUGCCUGUUUGACAGGAAGUCAUUGUUAGUCACGUCUGAGUACAUAACCCAUCUACUUUCUAAUUGGACUACAUGGCCAACAACACGCACAUCCCAUUUAGCCUGGAGCUCGGGGGCACACAGUCUGGGUGGACUUGUCGGUCAGUGCAAAAAUAGAUCCUUGGGACGUUCCUACCCUAAACCCUAUACUUAAGCCCUACCCUAACCAUUUUAAAUGUCAAUAGGGGACAUCCCAAGGAUCCCGCACAGCAGGUCUACUCUACCUAUUCUCCUGCUCCUGUCCCCUCCCUCCCUUCCUCUGGACUUCUCUUUUCCCCGUAGAUCUACCCUACCUAUUCUCCUGCUCCUGUCCCCUCCCUCCCUUCCUCUGGACUUCUCUUCUCCCCCGUAGACCUACUCUAGCUAUUCUCCUGCUCCUGUCCCCUCCCUCCCUUCCUCUGGACUUCUCUUCUCCCCCGUAGAUCUACCCUACCUAUUCUUGUCCUCCUGUCCCCUCCCUUCCACUGCUCCCAGUUUCAUCUCAAAUCCCACUUGCCAUUGUAGCCGACAUGCCCGAUCGUCCAGGACUGUGCGUGUUUAACAGUUUUAUGUAAUCGUUAGUAGAAUGCGGUGCAAGUCUGACGCAUUGAUCAUUGCUGCGAUCGUUCCAGGACAGACCUGCAUGAAGAUUUAUGCAACAUUUUACAUUUUAGUCAUCUAGCAGACGCUCUUAUCCAGAGUGAUUUACAGUAGUGAGUGCAUACAUUUUCGCACUUUUAAUUUUUUAUUUAUUUUUUUAUUCUCAAAGCAUUCUAACAGUCAGAAAAACAGGCCUAUAUUUGACUGAAACGCCACGCUUGGGUAACCGGAAUAAACCAACAAUAUCUUCCAACUAUUCCUCUUGCUGUUUGCUGUGAGUCAUUCAAAUGGACAAUAAACAUUCACAGGCGAUGGCAGAGACGGCGCAGGAGACCCGUCCGUCCGCUAAAGACUCACCUUUCUCUAUCAACAACCUGCUCAACUUCGACAGUAAACCUUCCAAACCGAAGACGCUGCUUGCCACCACCAAAGGACUAUUGGAAGGAGGUUUCUCUCUCUCUCGGAUAGGUGAUUUAACUUUUCCUAGUUUUGACAUCCCAGCCCAGAGAUUUGGAUUAUCGGCGCACUAUUUGGAAGGAGCGUCAGCGUGGUGGUAUCCGUACGCGCUUGGCACAUCGGGACAGCAUCUAUACAGGACUGGAGGGUUUGAGAAGGCCAUCGUGAGAGAGACACCAUCAACAGGCGGGGACCGAGACACACCGGAGCUGCUACGAAAAUCACCCGACCCGGACGACAAAAAGGACGAGAAAAACCAAAAUAUUAAUGAUAUCGUUCUGGAGGAGAGUGAUGGGGAUGAAGAACCAAAGAAGGAAAAAGAGUUGGUGGAUGACUGGAGGAAAAUUAAAGACGAGAACUCGGAUAAAAAAACGUGUCGGAAAAAGAAAACGCGCACAGUCUUUUCAAGGAGUCAAGUAUUUCGUUUGGAAUCAACGUUUGAUAUGAAACGGUACCUCAGUAGCUCAGAACGGGCAGGCCUGGCGGCAUCUUUACACCUCACAGAGACCCAGGUGAAAAUCUGGUUCCAGAACAGGAGAAAUAAGUGGAAAAGACAGUUGGCUGCUGAACUCGAAGCGGCCAAUGUGAGCCACGCCGCAGCCCAGAGGAUAGUCCGUGUACCCAUAUUGUACCAUGAGAACACCGGCUCGGAAACCGGGAGCGCUGGGAACGUGUCAGUCAGUCAGUCUCUAUUAACAUUCCCCCAUCAAGUGUACUAUUCACACCCUCUAGUCACAUCCGUGCCGCUGCUAAGACCAGUUUGAGAGACUCAUUUACUGUGUUGAUAUUUCUGUAUUGUAACCUAUGUAUAACAAACAUAUAUUAGGCCUAUUUUUUUAAAAUCUAUGAAAAUAGUUGGUGUUGGAAUGGUGGUAAAAAGGCUUUGUAUAUUGUACAGGUCUAUUUAUGACAACUGUUGUAUUUAUUAUUAUUAUAAUUAUUUGUAUUUCCAUGUCCAAAACUGAAAUAUUUCCUCCUAUUCAAAUGAUUUCAUAUUCAAUUGUUGUGCGUCCAAUGUAAUCUGAACAUUUUCCCAUUUGGUAUUGAUAUCGCUUUGAUUUAACUGAUGGGUUUUAUAUGAUUUUUCUUUUAAACAGGGUGGAAAAAUAUAGGUCUAUGUCUCCAUGUAGCCUAAGUCAUUUUACAAUGAAUUACAUCGAUGUUUUGUAUGAGAUUAGAACAAAUCCUAAGUAAAGUUUAAUAUUUCAUCAUGUAUAGCCGUUUUAUGUGUAAUAGUUCUACUGUUCGGCUCACGUACACGGUAUAUGGCUCACAGCUGGAAAAACAGCGACUACUUUGACCUAUAUUGUUUUAUAGAGCAAACAUUGAGGACAAAUCAUAUGUUCUUAUGUAUGGACAAUCAUACGCUAUACGUCUCACAAUGUUAUCACAGAUUUUUACUUGCUGUCAAUUAGAAAUGUAAUUUAAAAAAUGUAAAAAAAAAUCCGUGAUGAGUUUCACCAAAUGGCCAAAACAUGGAGACUUUUUUUUUACAUUGCUGAAUAAAUCGUGAAAUAAG